UUCAAUUAAAUCCCACACAAAUAACAUACAAAAAAAAAAACAAAAGAGUCUGCACUGCAGGACAGCACAGCGACUAUUCACGAUAUAUUCACGACCAACGACCAUCUCCCAAGAAAGAGCGACGAACACGACCCAUUCAAUGAGGUUAUAGCAAUCACAGCCCGCAGACGAUAGCGAACAGGCAAUGCCAGCGAGAGAGGUGUAUUUCAAAAGGCCAGCUACCAGAUGCCAACUGGAAGAAAUCCGCACAAGACAUGAUGGUCAGCAGCGAAUUAUGCAACUGGACUGCGAAAAGGGCUGCAGCAAGGGAACACAGCCGCGCCAGCGCUUAAACCGAAGAUACAAGUCUCCAGACUUGAUCAAUAUCUCAGUUAUGGUCGUACUGCUUUGUAUACUGUCCAUGCUAUCAUCGGCGGUUGCGCAAACAGCAACCGGCUCGUCAUCUUCAAAAGCCACUGCAACCUCUAUUUUACCACGCCAGGCUUUUCCCGCAACCGUCUCUCUGCCACCACUUAACAGUUCUCAUCCUCUUCUCCAGCUGGCACUCCCAUCGACAUCGUCCCUCUACCUGACGUUUUCAGUAUGUUCACUAACAUCCAAUACGACGAUUCUCCCAACUGUUUUGAUCUCUACUUCCUCACCGGCCUCAUUCAAUCUCGGUUCAAAACCGAUCAGAGACGCUUCUGCAGGCGGUGUACCCACCUCUUCCGGGGGUAAGGGGUAUAAUUACAAAAGUGGGAAGAAUGGAGCUACAUGGGAGUUAGCAUGGAGUAGCGGAUUUGGGAACUGGACUCUGAAUGGGACCAGUGAAACUCAAGUUCAUCUUUUGCUGGGACUAGGUUUGGGAUCUGAUGGCUCGACGUUGAAUACGACCGGUGUGGGUAAUGGCAACGUUGUAGUGCAGAUGGGGGCUUCAACCAGUGGCCCCUUGCAUGCGUUAUCGGCGGUAUAUCCUCGACUUGGAGAUACGACGUCUACUUCCGCUUUAAUAUUCUCCCCGCUUCUCUACUCCUCCCCCCAGCCUGAACCAUCCUACCCGAACUAUACACUUCCAGGUGCCCAGCUAGCCUUUCCAGACUUUUCAUACUCUGAGCCACUGAACUCAAGUCUGUCGAGCAACUUGACUCUCAUCGUGGUACCCACAAAUUCUUCUCCUACUUCCACUGGUUUGGACAACUCUAUAUGCGCCAUAAAUGCUGCUUCUGCGAACAGCAGUGUCUCAGGAGCGAAUAACACUAUUCUACAAAGCUUUCAGCCGGAAUGGAUGACUGUUGGCGACGAGCAAGGAUUUAGGAGUUAUUGGGUAUUGGGCGACUUGACUGAGCAAGGAAAUUAUACAGCUUGGCUGAGCGAUGAUAACGGCGUGUUGAGCCAGCCUGCUUGGUUUGCGACCAAACCAGCCGAUUUUCCGUGUCAGUUGGUCCUGCCGAAUGAUGUAUGCCCCAACCUGGGCUACUCUGCGCCUCUUGAUGCAAAUUCUACGACUGUCACUUCUCCGUCAGGAGAGACAAUCUCGUCAACAUCGCCUAUCCAGACACUCCCCGACGAACUUUUAGAAUUGAUCAUUCAAAACCUCGAGGCAUUUUCCACCACUUUAUUGUCUCACGCAUGUGGAAGGGAUCUAUUUUCACAUGUGUCAUCAUGCCUAGACUGCUAUUCUGCUUACAGAGACUGGUUGUGCCGGAUAGUGGUCCCGCAAUGUGGUGACGCGAACGGUACCACGAGUGCUACAGCCAUCGAGACCGCCACAAGCACAAGCACAAGCAGUGGCACUUUUCCCACACCAUCGACUGUCCUUCGUACGCCAUCUUCACCUCGUAAUCCGUCACUUCCUAUCCCGGCAUACUCGUAUUAUGAACUACUCCCCUGCAUGUCGACCUGUAACAGGGCCGAUCGCUCAUGCCCGGUAACCAUGGGCAUCAGGUGCCCGAAACGCAAGGUGAAUGCCGCAAAGAGCUAUGCGUUUGUGGGAGACGACCAUAGUUAUGGUGACGGGAGCGCAGAGCAAGGGGUCACCGCACAAGAUCGCUGGGGAAAUAGAUGGUGUAACGGAUAGAGUAGAGGUGUGAUUAAAGCCAUGUUAUGUUGGUUGUACAGUAGUAUGUAUUGCAUAAUAGGAUAUGCAUGUGGGAUUCUUGCAUGCAUACACA